UUGGGCGUGUUUCCGAUGGACUAACGGUGCUAUAUACCCUCCGUCUACAGCUUUCAUUUCGGGGAAUGUUCUUAAAAAUAUUCAAAUAAACAGACUGCGACUCUGACUUAAAAACGCUACCUCCUUUAUUCUUUCUUUUUUUCCAAAGUUACUUAUGCGGUAAAUGCCCCAUAACUGACAGCUCAGCGAAAGAAGUUCGACACUGACGCAUUUUUCGUUAUGAAUUUAAUCCGCACAGAUCAAGCUUUCAUCUUUGCCAGACUUUGACGAAACAGUCUUUGAAUGGAAUUUCUACUUUGUGGUUGGAGUUUUGCAUCGAAAGGUAUUGGCAAACCGAGGUCUCUGUAGAGUAUCUGUGGUCCGAAAAAGAUUUUCACGAUGUCCGAUAAGGAUAAGGAUACAGGGCCAGGCGGCUCCACGGCUUCUGGACAAGCAGAUAAACCCCAAUCCGGGGAUGGGGCAUCAAAAAACGUGGAGCCUGUGGUCCCGAAGCCGAAGGGAAUCGACGCAAUGGCGAUAUUGUGGACAUUCGGGAAAUGCCUCAGUGCAUUGUUGCCAGUUUACCUGGCUGGAUAUUAUCGAGUUAGCACCAGCCUAGUAGUAUUCGGGCUCAUGGUGUACUCUGGUUGGAAACAUAGUCGUGAAGCAAAGGAGGCGAGACUCAGGUCCGCCAUACAACUACUUGGCAAUGAACAAGAGUACACAUCAGCGAAAAUGUUAAAAAGUAAAAGGGACCUACCAGCUUGGGUUAACUUCCCAGACGUUGAGAAGGUCGAAUGGCUGAAUAAGGUGCUGCAGCAGGCCUGGCCAUUCAUCGGGCAGUAUUUGGAGAAGUUGCUGGUGGAGACUAUUGCUCCAUCCAUCCGUGCCUCCAGCACCCACCUGCAAACGUUCAAUUUCACCAAGAUCGAUAUGGGAGACAAGGCCAUGAAGGUAGUCGGGGUGAAGGCUCAUACUGAGAACGACAAAGGUCAAGUGCUCCUGGAUGUUUACAUCAGCUAUGUGGGGAACGUGGAAAUUAACGUGGAGGUGAAACGAUACUUCUGCAAAGCUGGAGUGAAGGGAAUACAGCUCCACGGCAUGAUGCGUGUGAUUCUGGAGCCACUGAUUGGUGAUGUGCCCAUCGUGGGCGCGGUCACCAUGUUCUUUAUCCAGAGGCCUAAACUGGACAUUAAUUGGACUGGCUUAACAAACCUGUUGGACAUUCCUGGGCUGAAUGUCAUGUCAGACACUAUGAUAAUGGAUAUCAUUGCCUCAUUCCUGGUCUUACCCAAUCGCCUCACUGUUCCUCUUGUACCUAACCUGCAUGUGGCUCAGCUCCGCAGCCCCCUGCCCAGGGGUGUCGUGCGUAUCCACCUGGUGGAGGCUGACGGUCUGGCUGCUAAAGAUAACUAUGUGAGGGGAGUGAUAGCAGGAAUGUCAGAUCCCUAUGCCCUGCUGAGGGUUGGUCCCCAAACGUUCACCUCCCACCAUCAGGACAACACUCUUAACCCCAAGUGGGGUGAGAUGUACGAGGUCAUAGUUCAUGAGGUUCCGGGCCAGGAGUUGGAGGUGGAGGUAUAUGACAAAGACCCAGACAAAGAUGACUUCCUGGGCAGGACCAAGCUGGAUCUCGGCAUAGUGAAGAAAUGCGGAGUUGUUGAUGAAUGGUUCAGUCUGAAGGACGCUGCAUCUGGUCGUGUUCAUCUCAGACUGGAGUGGCUGAACCUGCUGUCCAACGCAGACAGACUGGGAGAGGUGUUGAAGAGAAAUGAAACCGUGAUCAGUAAAACUGCAGAUCCCCCCUCCGCAGCCAUCUUGGCAGUGUACCUUGAUCGGGCGGAGGCACUUCCUAUGAAGAAAGGCAACAAGGACCCCAGUCCCAUGGUGCAGCUGUCUGUGCGGGACAUCACCAAAGAAAGCAGGACAUGUUGGAAUACUACUGAACCUCAGUGGGAAGACGCCUUUACUUUCUUCAUCCAGGACCCCAACAAACAGGACAUCGACAUUCAGGUGAAGGAUAAUGAUCGUGUGCAGACUCUGGGGAGUUUGACUGUACCUCUCUCUCGUCUGCUCUCUUGUCCUGAUCUGUCAUUGGAUCAGUGGUUUCAGCUGGAUAAAUCUGGACCAGCUAGCCGUGUCUAUAUAACCACCGUGCUCAGGGUGCUCUGGUUGGAUGAGGAGGCUGUUUCCAGUUCUCUUCUCUCCAGCGAAGCGACCCACAGGUCUGUUACACGUCCCCAGCAAACCUCACCUGACCCCAGUUUUGCCACAGAGGGAGUGCUGCGUAUCCACUUGGUGGAGGGUCAGAAUUUGGUUGCCAAGGACAACCUGAUGGGUGGCUUGAGAAAGGGGAAAAGCGACCCUUAUGUUAAAAUCAACAUCGGAGGGACAACCUUUAAGAGUCAAACAAUCAAAGAAAACCUUAACCCCACCUGGAAUGAGAUGUACGAGGUGGUCCUGACUCGGAUACCCGGCCAGGAGGUGCUGUUUGAAGUGUUUGAUAAGGACAUGGACAAAGACGACUUCAUGGGGAGGUUGAAGAUCAAACUCAGUGACAUCAUCACCUCUGAGCAUACUGAUGACUGGUUUACUCUGAAUGACGUGAAGUCUGGUCGCAUUCAUCUGGUUCUGGAGUGGCUCCCCAUGCUGUCUCAUGCUGACACACUGGAUCAGGUGCUGAGGUGCCAGGCCCUGGCAUCAUACAAGAAUAAGACUGUGCCCGCUGUGGCUCUGCUCUUCGUGUACCUGGAGAGUGCCCACGACCUGCCGCUGAAGAAGAGUGGGAAGGAACCAAAAGCUGGGGCAGAGUUGGUGCUAGGGAGAACUUCCCACAAAACCAAGGUGUGUGAUCGCACCAGUUCUCCUCAGUGGGAUGAGGCCUUUCACUUCCUGGUUCAUGACCCUAAGAAGGAGGACCUCAUUGUGAGGCUGUUUCACUGUUGGGACAUAGCCCUAGGUUCAUUGGUGAUUCCCAUAAGAGACCUGUUGUCAGAACCAGAACUGAUGCUAGACCAGUGGCUAAGUCUGGAUGGAGCCUCUCCCAGCAGUCAGAUUCUCCUGAGAGCACAGCUAAAGAUUCUUAGUCCUAAAAUGGCUGAGAGUUGUGUAGAUCGGGAGGAUAGACCCAGUGUUCCAGAGGGUGAGCCCAGGCCAGAGAAAGACUCACUCCAGAGGUCAGCUGAGAAAAUUGGUCCUAGCGCUCCGGUCUCUAUCAGCUCGUCAGUCUCCGGUUCUGAUGAGGCCACAACAGCAACAGCAUCCAAGGUCACACCCACAGAGGUCAUCGGUUCUGCUGACCUACGACCCGAGCAUACCAGCCCGGACCCAAGCUUUGGGACAGAGGGGGUGCUUCGUAUCCACCUAAUGGAGGCUCAGAGUCUGAUUGCCAAAGACAACCUGAUGGGAGGCUUAAAGAAGGGCAAGAGUGACCCCUACGUUAAAAUCAAUGUGGGUGACAUGAAGUUUAAGAGUCAUGUGAUCAAGGAGAACCUCAACCCCACCUGGAACAAGAUGUAUGAGCUGGUUUUGGACCCAAACUCUGCUGAAGACAUCCACAUGGAAGUGUUUGAUAAGGACAUUGACAAAGAUGACUUCUUAGGGAGAUGUAAUAUUAGUAUUAAAGACGUCAUACAGGCUCACUACACAGACCAGUGGUUUACACUGAACGAUGUGAAGUCCGGUCGUGUUCACCUGAUUUUAGAGUGGAUUCCCAAAGCAUCACAUCCUGACACACUGGACCAGGUCCUUCAGCUGCAGAGUGUUCAUUAUCAGAACAAAACUGUUCCCUCUGCUGCCCUUCUGUUUGUUCUCAUAGAGAGAGCACAUUCACUGCCUCUGAAGAAGAGUGGGAAGGAACCCAAGGCUGGAGCUGAGCUGGUUCUCGGGGGAACUUCGUACAGAACCAAGGUGUGUGAUCGCUCUACCUCUCCUCAGUGGGAUGAAUCUUUUCAUUUUCUGGUUCGUCAUCCCAAAGAAGACAUGCUUGUCAUUAAGCUCUCCAGUGGGUGGGAUCAGCCUAUGGGUUCUCUGGUUCUACCAGUCAGAGAGCUUCUGUCAAAACCAGAACUGGUGCUGGACCAGUGGCUGAAUUUGGAUGGUGCUACUUCUGAGAGUCAGAUUCUGUUGAGGGCCCAGCUGAGGGUCUUAGACUCUGAGAUGGCUAAAGGCGACCUGACGAAGUCGCCAAGCGGAUUGGACAGCUCCAUGGGAGGUGGAGACAGUGAGGAGAGAGAACCAAUCAGUGUAACAGAGCAGUUGUCAGUAAAAGACAAUCAAGAGAUGCCACAGUUGGAGGAGCCAGUCAGAACAAGACCAAGUGAACCUGUUGCCCCUAGCGCUCCCGAGCCUGCUGUCCCUUCUCAGCCUGAAGAACAGGAGGAAAUGACCUCUGAGGUUAUCGCUGACCCCCACCCCUCAGACUCCACCCCCGUGGGCAGCAGUGAGACCGCCAUGCAGGACUUGAGUGACGUCCCGGUUUCGACCUCUGCUGUAGGGAGGGAGAGCAAGGACAUGGAGCCGGUUGGAAAAACGGGAUCUGACCGUACAGCCAGUGCAGACCUCCAGUAUGAGGACUCAUCAGAGGGCCAGUCACUGGAGCCGGUUCUCCGUGAUGAUUUGGUAACUGUCGGGGGUGCUGAGGAGACCAGUGAGGACACCAGUUUGACUGAUCUACGACCACAGCGUUCCUGCCCUGACUCCGGCUUUGGGGCAGAGGGAGUGCUGCGUAUCCACGUACUAGAGGCUCAGGAUCUGAUCGCUAAGGACAACUUAAUGGGGGGUUUGAAAAAGGGCAAGAGUGAUCCCUACGUUAAGAUCAAUGUGGGCAAUGUGAACUUUAAGAGUCAUGUGAUCAAGGAGAACCUCAACCCCACCUGGAAUGAGAUGUUUGAGACUGUUCUGAGCCCAAAGCAAGAGUUGGAGGUGAAAUUUGAGCUCUACGAUAAGGACAUAGACUCUGACGACUUCCUUGGAAGGUUUACGCUCAAACUCGGAGACAUCAUAAGCUCACAGUACAUGGAUCAAUGGUUUACUCUGAACGAUGUGAAGUCCGGUCGUGUUCACCUGGUUCUGGAGUGGAUUCCCAAACUGUCACAUGCUGACACACUGGAUCAGGUCCUUCAGCUGCAGCGUGUUCAUUAUCAGAACAAAACUGUUCCCUCUGCUGCCCUUCUGUUUGUUCUCAUAGAGAGAGCACAUUCACUGCCUCUAAAGAAGAGUGGGAAGGAACCCAAGGCUGGAGCAGAGCUUUCUCUUGGGGGAACGUCCUAUAAAACCAAGCUGUGUGAUCGCACAACUUCUCCUCUGUGGCACGAGUCCUUCUAUUUCCUGGUUCACAAUCCUAAGGAUGACAUGCUUUUCAUUAAGCUCUCCAGUGGGUGGGAUCAGCCAAUGGGUUCUCUGGUUCUACCAAUGAGAGAGAUUCUGUCAAAACCAGAGCUGGUAUUGGACCAAUGGCUGACUUUGGAUGGAGCCACACCUGACAGCCAAAUUCUGCUGAUGGCCCAACUCAGGAUCUUAGGCUCUAAAAUGGCUACACUUGUUGCUAUGGGCCAGGGACCAAAGCUCGCUAACGCCCCUGCUGGUCAGACAGGGAAGGUGCGGAUCUCUCUCUCCUACCAGAAGAGGCUCUCAGUCACCAUUCAUGCCUGCAGAGGUCUGACUGCAUCAUCUAAGGACGGUUUGGACACAUAUGUCUCCCUCUUUCUCCAACCGGAUAAAAACAAGGCCACUAAAAGAAAGACGAGUGUGAAGAAGAAAGAGCUGAACCCAGAGUACAACGAGAAGUUUGAGUUUGAUCUGUCUCUGGAGGAUGCUAAGAGAAGGACCCUGAGUGUGUGUGUGAAAAACAGCUCUGCGUCUUUCAUGAGUCGAGAUAAAGAUGUCAUUGGACAGGUACAAAUCGAGCUGGCACAGUUUGACUUACUCUCAGGAGUCACUGAAUGGUUUGACUUGGAGGACGACUGAACAGUUGAGGAAUGACAUUACUCGUUUGUAUCUGAUUUAUUUUCCGGCUCUUACAGGUUCUGACCAAUAACACCACACUGAUGCCUUCCUCACCCCUCCUCUUCUCUCCCAAAUCCAUAUUCCUUUACCUUUUCCCCCUUUUUUCACAUGUGCUUCUGUUAACGAACCAGAUGGAAGGCUUAUUGUCAGUGAUUAAGGUACUGGCAGGUAGUGUAGAGGGAGCAAAUAGUUUUUAGUGAAUUACAUAGAGGAAUACAGUAAAGUCUGAAUUAUGAUUGAAGUAUGAAUUAUGGUAGUUACUGUUGUUGAAUGUUAGUGUAAAAGUAGGUUUAUACUGACUGAAGAGGGAUAUGAAGUUGAGAUGUAAGACUGGGGCUGCUUGAGAGAAGUUUACAUGCAGGUUGACAUGUAGAUGGGGUGGGUUGAAUACUGAUAUCCUCCUGCGUGGGGGAUGGUACUUAAAAUAUAAAUGUAUGAAAGAAGAAUUUGCUUUAAGUCAGAUUCAGAAGAUUGCUAUUGCCUCUAGAAUAGCUAGCACCAUUAUCAGGAUUAGUGGAAUAAAUUAAAAAUAACGCUCCAUGAAGUUAUUUAGUACCCGAAAGCUUGAAGAUGUUUCGCAGCAAUAUAACGUAACAGAAUGUGUUUAAGACAUCUAUAGCUAUAGGAAGCUAUAAGGACUCAAAUAGGAUGGCUGGAAAUCAGUUAUACUUAUGCUUAUGAUAUGGGAUCUAUGAAGUGAUCCCAUUAUGCCUUAAACAGAAACCAUACAUCUCUCUGCACUGUGCACUAACUACGCAAUUAGCCUUGCACUAAGCCAAAGUAACUGUUGUGCUACACACAUAUAUAUAUUAUAUAUCAAAAUGUGUGCAUUUGCUUGACAUGCUGCUUGAAUUCCAAGGUCUGGGAUGUUUCUGUGUGUUAAUCAGAGGCUCACUUCGAGUUAGGAACAUUGCCAUACAGAUCUUCCCGCCCUAGUCAGGGAACGAAGAUGCUAUUGCCUCUAGAACUUUUGAUCACGUUACAGUAUUCUGUAUUUAGAGAUACAAUCAUAAAGCAUCAGGUCAAAGUACUGCCUCAGAUAUACUCCAUUCAUAUUGUGCUGUGUGUUCAAUGUCACUGUUUUUUGCAUUUUUUUAAAAGACUAUUAUUUUCCUGUUUUUAUUCAGUUGUCUGCUGACAUUACAAUGUGGUCCAUUCCUUUAUUGUUACAAUACAUUAUACACAAUCUGCUUGCAGACUUUUUUCACCUUGAUAUGAUUUGUGUGAUAUGUGCCUUGUUUUAAAAAAUAUAUGCAUUUUAAAGACACCUGCUUAGAGCUGUUGAUCUUUCCCAUUCUUUUGGACUCUUCUUAGACACUCUUUAUCAUGUUAAUCGUUUUGUUUCAUAAUCUGUACCACUGGCCUUCGCGUGCAUUCUUGGUUUUGGAGACGGGAGGCAGUCAUGCAUCCAGAGACAAGGAUCUGGAGUAUGAAAUGUUCUGUUCUGGAAUCACAUUGUAACGUUGAAUGUUCAGAUGGUAACAUGACAUUGAGCAGCUAUCAUUUCAUAGUGUAUGCAUUUUUCAUUUUUUUUAUCUUAUAACCAUGUUAUGGUCACGCAAGAUUGAAGUGUCAAUAAAAACGUUAUUGUUCGUCCAUA